UGACGACCACAACAAGAUGGCGCCACCGCUCUGUUGACAAAAAUGAACUUGAGUUUCUGUUUAUUCAAUUUUAACACAAUUUAAAGCCUUCUCAAACACAAUUCUUUGUUUAAGCAGGAUUUAAGAAUAACAUUUAGCAUCAUUUUAUGUUUUAAUCACUCAAAAUAACAACUAAAAAGAGACGUAGAAUAAAAAAAGAGGAGGCAUUUUUGGUGACACACAACACAUUGUACAUGCAUUAUUAAAUGUGCGUCUCUUCAUCGUCCACCAGGGCGAAGGCUAUAAUAAGCCAACUGAUGCAGGCCCUCAUUAGCCAAAUAAGCUUAGAGGUCUCCAAGUAGGCACUUCGGAGCUGCAUGGAACGCUUUAGAGGAUAUUUCUCCAGUUUUUGGAUUCACUGCAUGUGAUUUUUAAAAUGGAUUUAACAGUGUUUUGCUUCACUCCUCUGGACCUCGGGAGAGUAGACCACAACUGUCAUCUAAAGCUCGGAGUGUUAGCAAUCUGCUACGUCAUUUCAAGGAGGAUUUUAUCUGAAAACCCUGGAUAUACGCCGCAUGUUUGAGUAACAACCUCUCAAAUGGGCUGCUCACCAUCUAAAGGUAACAACUUUGUUACUAUGAACCCACACAGGAAGACCAGAAUGCUACCACCACCACCAUCAUCAUCAUCUCAACCUAAGGAUCAACAAAAGGAUGUGUUUCCAGGUGAGGAAAAUCACGGCGGUGUUAAAGCAACUGAUGUUGUUAUCCAAGAAAAACCACUCGUUCUGCAAAAAGAAACUCAGAAAAUACCCAUCAGCUUGGAUGGAGUGAGUCAGAAGAUGAAUAGCACGACACUGCCACAGACACAAGAGACAAAUGUAGACAAACAGGAAGCAACAGAAAAGAAGACUGGCAGGAAAACAAAGAAGAACACAAGAGGAACUAAAGGGGUCAAAAGGAAAGACAAGGACAAAGCUGCUGAACAAAAAGUGGACUUUCCAGAACAACUUGUGAAAGCGCAUCAAGCGGCUUACGCCUUUUUAAACCCCAACAUUAACAAAUAUGACGCAGUGCUGGAACUUCUGGAGCAAGGGGCCCAAACGCAGGAGUCCCUCCAGCCCAUGGUUGCCUUCAUGGCCCUGAGCUAUGAGCAGACAAUCCUCAUGUUGGAAGAGAUCGCAGACGAGGGUGAAAAAGUGCUGAAAGAACAUGGCGACCACCUUGCAUGGCCCAGCCCGAAGACCAUUUCGUCCUCAUCAUCAUCCAAAUCUAGUUCCGUUAGUGACCAACCCCCUCCAGAUCUGCUGCAGCAGCUACUUCAAUACACCACACAGAGAAUGCGGAAUGUGAGCCAGACUGUCGGGGGACUCGGGGACUCUGCAUUAGAGGAGGCUGCGGAAUACUUUGCAUCUGUCGCACAACUUUUAGAAGAAAAGCGAAAAGUCAAGCGGACAGCAGAGACGAGGCUAAUGCAGCUUUUGACGCGCAUCGAGAUGGCCUCGCUCCGGAAACCAGGACCGGAGGACUGUGCUCUGUUUAGCGAAGACAGCGGCAUCGGGGGUGAAAGUGAAUCAGUCGCUGGGUCUGAAAGACGUCUCCGACGUGAGAGUUGUGGUUCCUCAGGGACUAACAGGACGACCCCCAUUUGUCCCAGAGGACCAAGCUCCAUCAACAUUAGAAGAAGAGUACCGCACCAAAUAAGUCCAAGUGAUUCCCUUUCUUCCCUGAACUCACUGGGUUCAACCGGCACUGUAAUGGGUCAUGAACGUAAGGAACACUUCUUGGCAUCCGUCUGCGUGUCCAACGAUGGUUUGGAUGAAACAGAAGAAGGACUAAAAACAGGGCGUGUCAGGUUUAGAAAGCAAAAUUUGCUUCUUAAUCGUGAAUCUCAGCUACCGAAGAACAUCACUACAAAGCGCAUAGACAAUCCUCGACUUGCGACAAUAAAAACGAAAAACACAGUUGGUGGAAGGAUACACUUUGCCACCCCCUCAAAUUCCACUGGCAAGGCAGCAUUGACCAGCAGUCCAAAUAUUACCAGAAGACGCUGGUCUGAUGAGAAAGAGCAGACACAGAACAGACCUCAAACUGCAGCUCCUGUCCGAAGAGCAGCGGUGAAAACCACCCCAACUGCCAUAGAGAGACGAUCCCGUUCCGCUGAAUCCCUUCGGGCCAAAAGUGAAGAUCCAACCUUGAUGGAGCUGGAAAGAACUCAGAAAAACUUGAGCCAGAAAUUGCAGAAAAUAAACAAAGGCAAAGGAGUUUCCAAUACAAAGAGUUCCCCGUCACAGCCAAAGAAAGCGCAGUCCCCGAAAGUGACUCCCAAACGCCAGACUUCUGGUAAGAGGAACAAUCCAAUAUCACCUCAAGACCAAGGAGGCCUUUCACAAAGUGGCAUCCAGAAACAAGAGAGUUCCACUGAUGUGGAUGAAACCCAUGAAGAAGAGAAGAAAACCAUCCAUUUUCUUGUAAGAGCCACCCCACCGCCCAGCCCCCCUCCAUCCCCAAAGCCUUCCACGGGUUUUCAAAGAGGUAGAAAUUCAGUGAAAAGGUUGAUUGAUAGCUUCAGCCAAGGAAUCGAAGACCACGAUGGUGCUAACAUUGAAAGGCUGAAGGGUGUACGCAAAUGUGGAGUUCCAGUCUUGCCAGGUUUGGGAAAUGUUGAGGCCGCGCUGAGCGCGAAGAACUGCGUUAAACUGGAAUCCGCUUCAUCUGUGGAUUUGGAGAGCCUCCCUCCCCCGCCCUUGGAAGUGUUGAUGGAUAAAUCCUUUGAAAGUGCGGAAAAUCUCAUGGGUGGUGAAGGAGAGGAUUCCAGAGGCGCUAAGUCACCUGUGGUAAAAAGGGCGGCCAUGUUAAGACUGCGAACCUCGGUGCAAUCUGUGCUACCAAGUCGAGGGAGCUUCCCACAAGGCUCGAAAGGCUUGACUAGACCCAUUCAGAGAGUUAUCCCAUCCAACCCAACAGCCACUGAGCCUGGUGACCAAGCGACACAAACACAUCCACCUGUACUGCAACAGUCCAACCUCCACACAGGAAACUCAAUUGGCUCCCAGUCAGAUGAGUCAACGUAUGACGAAGAGAGUUCUGCUACAAUUAAAGACUUGCAGGAUGGUGGCAAACCUUCUGUGCCUGUUCCGCCCUAUUCACCAGCCUCGAGCCAACCUCCUCCAACUGUGUCAAAAGGACGAAUGUUGCCAUCCACACCCUCUACCCCACGUACAUCCAACCGAAGACUCCCCAGUCCUCACAAUUUGAGAAGGCAGCCCACGCCUCCGUCUACAGCCAGUCCACCGGCGUACAGACAGCCUCCCUCGCCCACUGAAACCCAAAGGGUCCUCAGAAGUCCACAGACAGUUCAGAAAUCUUUUUCAUCGUAUGCUUUUAAAGCACCAUCUCCGCCCGCCUCCCCGAAGCUACAAAGAAGGGAGAAAAGCAUCGACGACUCGGCUCGGUCUUUCAACAACGCACGCUCCGUCUUCUGCCCGGCAUCACCAACGUUGUUUGAGGCUCCGCCUUGUCCCCGGCCACCACAAGCAUGGACCGGUUCUCGAGUCUCCUUUUUGUCACAAGCUUGGGAAGGUCGGGGGAGGUCUCUUGUGAGUCUUCAUGGACCAAGACCUUUCAUACGUCGAAGCCAGUCUGACAGAAGACCCAGCCUGACAUCACCCAGGUCAUCGAGAGUCUCAGUGGCCGAGACUUGUGGAAGUGAACCAUCCAUUUCCACACAGGGCCUCGACGAUGAUCCAGCCACAGAAGAUGAAUUCUGGGGAAGCCAGUCGGACCUCAGCGUGACGACACGCUCCGCCUCCCAACCGGACCUGUGUGUUGUCGGCCGCGCCUUUCACCGAGACUGAAGUGCCCAGUGGAGCCUGGUUAUGGAUUACCGGGUUUAACAGAGGAUUUAAUCUGACUGUAGCAGCUAAUUCUAUUCCCUUUGCACCUACAGUCCGUGUGUGUCAACGGACAAAGCAAAGUCAAUGGUUUCCAUCUUCACCGUGUCACAGUGAGCUGCAAUAAAACAUUUGACUAUCCACAGCAAGAUGUGAAUAUUCAGCACGUGCCACCUUGUUUGCUCCACUUUUAGAUGGUUUGAAUACUCAAAAUACAUCAUGUUUUUGUACCAUGUUUUCAUAAUAAAAGUGUGCUUGGCUAUGACUAAUCCUUUCUCGUUCAUAAAAAAUAAAUAAAUAAAGA